AUGAGCAUCCUCCAAACCAAGACAGCGUCAGAAGUUUACUUGCCAAGGCAAGACCCGGAGCUGGACUCUCCCUGGGUUGACACCGAGAGCGAGGCCCUGCUGGCAGACCAGGCCAGGCCGCCAGUGGCUCCACUGCUGCCCUCCGGGGCCCAGUGGCAUCGUCAUCAUUUGAACAGGCUGUUGACGACGACUCAUGCGGUCGAAGAUCCCAAGAACUCAGCUAGCGUCCCCUUCGACCUCAAGGAACACGGCUAG